UAUGUUCGACAUUAAUUGUAGAGACAUUUUGGCAGAUGUGAAAAUUCAUUUAUUGCGCCGAAUUUGAUUUAGAAAAUAUAAAUUUCUAGUAAUUUUUAUAUUCCGAAAAAUGUUUAAACCAAAUUUUCUAUUUAUAAUGGCGAUUAUUUGUCUGAUUGGCCUAGAGAAUGCUCGCGCAUCGCCACUAAAAAAUAAUACGGCAGCCAGCCCGGAAGAUGAGACUACGGCGGCACCUCGGCUGGACGACGAAUAUGAUGAUGAAGAAGAAGAAACUAAAGGAACAGCUAAUAAUAAGAAAACAACAACGGUAACAGAUGAUAAUGAUAAAAAAGAGACUACGGCUGCGACGACUAUUCAAAACGGGAAGAAGACAACGGCAAAAGUUAACGAGACUGUGGCCAAAGCCGACAUUAAGGCUCCGACCGCUCCGACUCUCAUGCAAUUAUUUCCGCAAAAAGCUGCGGCAACAAGAAGCAAGCAAGAUCAUCAAGAUAAAUUGAAGCCAAAAACUGUGAUCAAGAAUCCAAUUUUAAGCGAUGAUGGUGAUGAAGACGCUGGAGCAGAAGGCGCAGCUGAAGCAGAAGGCGCAGCUGGAGCAGAAGGCGCAGCGGGAGCAGAGGGCGCAGCUGGAGCAGCGGGCGCAGCGGGAGCAGAGGGCGCAGCUGGAGCAGCGGGCGCAGCGGGAGCCGAGAGCGCAGCUGGAGCCGCUGCAGGGAAUGGGACAGCCGGAGCAGCCGGAGCAGCCGGAGCAGCCGGAGCAGCUGGAGCAGCCGGAGCAGCUGGAGCUGCAGGAGCAGCUGGAGGAGCCGGCGGCGCCAAGGGCGACAAGGGCGCGACUGCCGGCGGACCUCCCAAGUUUGGCAGGGACCAUGCGGGCAACUGGGUGUACAACCUAUGGGGCGCUACCCUUGGCAAAAUCGGGCAAGAUAGGCGCUAUCCCCAAUGGACCAUAGACCGCCAAAAGGUUGACUCGAACGCACUCAAAACAUACUAUCCCGAUGGACAACUAUCGAGCGUUUGCAUGGACGCUUCCACAAUCUACAAUGUGCCCCCUAUUAAAACUUGGGUUAUACGAAACGUCUAUAAUCAUGAGAUCACAAGCCGGCCCAUCUGGAACGAGCUGAGGCGUCACAUCUACACGAAGGGCAACUCCGACGAGUGCCACGUCCCGAAAUAUGACAAUUGGAGGGAAUACCUGGAGUGCGCAAUCAGGCGCAACAUGCGCCUGGAGCACAUAAUACCCAUGUAUCCCAUGCAUCAAAUGCGAAACUAGAUCGUCCGGAGAUGGCCUGAGCAAACCCAUUUACAGUUUUCUCUGCCAUUCUAAAAGUUGUUUUUUUUUUUUUCACUGCGAUGUUUUUGUUUAUAUAAUUUGGAAUUUUUUUGAGUAAAAUUUUGUUAAAAUUAUAUAUAUUACCCGCAAA